AUGAACUUUGAUCACUUGUCAGAACAGGAGAAGCAACAGCUUUACCUCCAACAUCUUCAACAGCAACAACAGCAGCAGUAUGCGCAGUUAAACCAAUAUUCACAACAACAACAACAAAUCAUGAACCAACAACACUUGCAACAGCAACAACAACAGCAACAGCAACACUUGCAACAACAACAUCAACUAUACCAACAACAGCAACAAUAUCCCCAAAUUCACCACCAUCAACAACAAGAAGAAUACGCCAAAUAUGACGACAGUUUUAUGGAUGAAGACACUUCCCAAAUAAUGGAUCAACCUCCUGCCAUGGCCGAUGCAAAUUCUCCAAUAAGACAACAGCCUCAGGCCCAAGAGCCACCAAUGCAACAACAACCACAAUUUAACUUCACUACAACUGCGGCAUCUCCAACCUUUACCAACUCAGCAGGUGGAUUUGGUGACAUUCAUGAUUCAAAUGGGAAAUUCACAUCGAUUGAUUCAAUGCAUUUUCAACCGCCUACUACAUUCACACAGUUAGCCAAUAGUAGUCAAACAAAUCUUUCCGAGACAAGUCAUAGUUCGGUAACCAAUUCAUUACUUUCAAACGAAUCGAAAGCAAACUUAAUCCAACAGCAUCCUGGCAAUACACCACCAGCUCAACCUAGUGCCGUGACACCCCUCGCACCAGCUCCAAUAAUUUCAAAACAACCAAUACAAGAACCCAAACAGCAACAACCAGUACCGCAAGACAAAAUAUAUUUCAAUAGACAACCGAACUUAUUAUCGAAGACUUGUCAGGACAAGGCAGCAUCGAUAAAAUUAACAUUAGAAAAUUAUUAUACAAUGUCAGUAAAUCAUGCUAUUGAAAGAAAUCAAAGACGAUUAGAUUUGGAACAUAAGCUAAUGACUGAAGAAGCUGGAGCCUCUCAAGAGCGUAAAAACAGACAAUUACAAAACUUGGGUAAGAAAGAAUCACAAUUCUUGAGAUUACGUAGAACAAAAUUGGCAUUGGAAGAUUUUAAUACCGUUAAGGUUAUAGGUAAGGGUGCUUUUGGGGAAGUUAGACUAGUACAGAAGAAGGAUACUGGUAAGAUAUAUGCCAUGAAAACGUUAUUAAAAUCUGAAAUGUAUAAGAAGGAUCAAUUAGCUCAUGUCAAAGCUGAAAGAGAUGUUUUGGCAGGAAGUGAUUCUCCAUGGGUUGUUUCCUUAUAUUAUUCAUUCCAGGAUUCGCAAUAUUUAUAUUUAAUUAUGGAAUUCUUACCGGGUGGUGAUUUAAUGACUAUGUUAAUUAGAUGGCAGAUAUUCACCGAGGAUAUUACUAGAUUCUAUAUGGCCGAAUGUGUAUUAGCCAUAGAAGCUAUUCAUAAAUUGGGUUUUAUCCAUCGUGAUAUCAAACCAGAUAACAUCUUAAUUGAUAUUAGAGGACACAUUAAAUUGAGUGAUUUUGGUUUAUCUACUGGUUUCCACAAAACCCAUGAUUCAAACUAUUACAAGAAAUUAUUAGAAAAAGAACCACCGUCCCAACAACUACAACCAAACCAAUUAACAAACGGACGUAAUUCCAUGAUGGUUGACCCUAUCCAUUUAACAAUGUCAAAUAGACAACAAAUGCAAACCUGGAGAAAAUCUCGUCGUUUAAUGGCAUAUUCAACGGUUGGUACUCCAGAUUAUAUUGCUCCUGAAAUCUUUAUCCAUCAAGGAUAUGGACAAGAGUGUGAUUGGUGGUCCCUUGGGGCGAUUAUGUUUGAAUGUUUGGUAGGAUGGCCUCCAUUCUGUAGUGAAACCCCGCAUGAAACCUAUAGAAAGAUUUUGAAUUGGCAAGAAACUUUACAAGUUCCUGAAGAUAUUCAUUUAUCCCCUGAAGCUGAAGAUUUAAUCAGACGAUUAUUGACAUCGGCCGAGAAUAGAUUGGGUAGAUAUGGUGGAGCUGAUGAAAUCAAACGUCAUCCAUUCUUUAGAGGUGUUGAUUGGGAAACUAUUCGAAGAGUAGAUGCUCCUUUCAUACCUAAAUUGAGAUCGAUCACUGAUACAAGAUUCUUCCCAACUGAUGAAUUGGAAAAUGUUCCUGAAAACCCUGCGUUGAGUAAAGCUAUGGAACAAAGAGAUGUGGAUAUUAAGAAUGGAAAGAAGAAUGUUAAAGAAGAUUUACCAUUUAUUGGUUAUACUUAUUCCAGAUUCGAUUAUUUAACAAGAAAGAAUGCAUUAUAA